AUGACCGCCAUCCUGGCCCUUCAGAAGAUGCACCUGUCUGACAAACACUUAGUGCGUAUUGCUGAACACUACGGACACCGCUUUACAGUAUUCCACUCCCCUGACCCCUCUGCUCCUAACGCGCGUGGUGUAGCAUUUGUAGUUAAUACUAGCCUCAUCAGAGUGACCAAUGCACACGUCCGCACUUUGGUACCUGGUCGAGCCAUCCUCCUUAGUAUUCCCUGGCAGAAUGACUGCACACUACAUCUUUUGAAUGUCUAUGCCCCGAAUGACCCCACUGAGAACCAACAUUCCUGGUCACAACUCCUUGAGCACUGGACAACCAACCACUCGCCGCUUCCAAAAGCAGACAUCAUGCUUGGUGACUUCAACCUGGUCAAAGAUGAGCUUGACUGCCUUCCACCGUAUGCUGACCACACCAGAGCUGUCGUGGAGCUUAAUGCACUAAAAACAUGCCUGGGACUCUACAAUGGCUGGCACACCACAUACUCCGACAAAUGA